AUUUGUGCGAUUUGAUUAUUAAUAAAAAAAAGAGAAAGUGAAUAAAUACAUCUACGAGAAAGAACCUAUUAUUUUAGGUGUAUCCCUUCUUUUUGGUUAACUUGUGCGCAUGCGCGAUCUUCUAUAAAAUAUAAUAAAGUGGUCAUUUUAUUAGAAUAUUUCUACUGUUGAAGACAUAGGAUAACAUUAAGAACAUUGUCUCUGGAGACGUAGUAGGGUAGUAGUAAAUACCGUAAAGCUUAACGUGCUGUUGAUAGUAGCUAUUAUUGGGUAGCAGGGUAGAGCGCGCAUUCAGAAAAUAAAGUCGAGGAAGACCGAAGGAAAACGUAGAUAGACGAAUACAACCGAGCGAAACCGAAUUGUGCACGAAAUCUUAGCGCGAGGGAGCGACCAACAACUAACUACGGGUUUGCAACGUCCGUGAGUGAGAGAGUUGACGAAGAUCGUUCCUACUCGUGUUCUUUCGUCGCGGCAUACAAUUGAUCGGGUUUUAUGGAUACUCUCGAGGAGAGCCACGCGUGUCGCAUAUGCGGAAACGACUCUGAUGACACCACAAAUAUCUUCGACGAGAAGAGAGAUUAUGCUAAAAAAAUUGAUGCUCUUUUACCGAUCAUGGUACACAAGUUAGAUUUUUUGUCAAAAGUGAUCUGUAACACAUGUAGUUGUAAACUCGAUGAAUUUUACGACUUUUAUUUGAAAAGUUUGAGAACCGACAAACUUUCGAAAAGCCAAUUGUCUUGGAUGAAUAAAAGGGAAAAAAAAGAAGUGAGGAAUGAUAGACCUAUGGUUAGAAUACAUAAUGUAAAUAUCAAGAUUGAACCAGUGGAAUAUGAAGGGUACGGUCUAAAUCCGGUAAUUAGGAAUUUCGAAUAUGUGAACUCCAUGAAAUCCGACACGUUUUCCAUGGGUGAUAGAUCGAGGACAUGCAGGAUUCCCGAUAGGAUAGCAUAUCAAACGCGUAGUCAACACUCUUGUAAUAAACAAAAUCAUAAAAAACGAUUUAUAUCUAAUGAAUAUAAUCAAUAUUCUUCAUGCGAGGAAUAUGCAAAUAGCAGUAUUACAGAUGUUAACAACUUGAGCGAUAACUUAUCUGAAAAUUCAAGAGUCAAUUUUUGUUCUAAUGAUAAAAAUAACUUUUUUCAAGAAAAUAAUAAAAUAAUGGAUCAAGAUCAACAUAAGAAAAGUAUAAUACUAAGAAAGCGACGUUUAGGAGAACUAUCAGGGAAUCCUUUAAACUACGCUUUACGACCUAGAAAGGUUUUUGUUAAUUAUGUAGAAACAAGACAGAAAUUACCAAGUUUUUUAAAAAUAAAUAAUUGUGCGAAAUCAAAUGAUAAUGUUCAUAGGACAGUGUCCUUGGCUGAUCAAAAAAUAAAUAUUAUUUCUGCCACUGUUAAAAUCGAGAAAGAGGAAAAGCAGGAACAGGUAGUGACGGAACAUUUCGAGAGACGUGCAUUAAGACCACGCAAAGUACCGAUUAAUUAUAGCGAUAAUAAAAGAAAAACAUAUGAUGUUUUGAAAUUUCCAUUAUCGAACGAUAUUAAUAUUAUUACUGCUAAAAAACCAAAGUUAGUAAGCCUCACGGAUAAGUGGACAAGAUUAUCGAAUAACAAGAGCACAGAAAGAAUUAAAUCGCCGAGCAAAAAGAUGAAAUUCGAUGUAAAGAAAGAAAUGCAUGAUGAUCUUGAAAAUCAUUAUGUUAUGAAAUCGUAGCUCUUUGUUUACAAAGCAUCUAUUACAUUGGAAACAAUAUUAUUUCAGGUAUCACAUCAAUUAAUUCAAUAAAUUCAGGAACAUUUGUACGUAAAUGUGUUCUCCGACAAAAUUAUUUGUAAUGUUUAGAUUAAUUGGAGAGUUGUUUUAAUACAUUGUGCUAUGCCUCACCGAGAUACCUGGAUAUUUGUAAGAUUCAAAUUGUUACUUUGAAAAUAUCUUAUUAGUAAUUUUUUCUUAGAUUCCUUAACUAUU